GCUCGUAGUGUACCUGACAGUGACAGUUAACUGAAAGCCCCACAUGGAUCCACUCGAUACCUAAUUGAGAAAGGAAAAAGUUGGAUUCCAUCGUCAUCUCACCACUCCGAAUUUCUUCGUCUACACCGAUUACAGUCAAGAAUAACUUCCGCAAAGCUUGUCCAAGAUGACAAUGAAUACCGAGCCAGAGGCCCUUCUCUCUCAUCUACCGAAUUCCGAUGGUUCUGCUACAUUCUCGUUCGCAGGGUACACCGUGGUCGGGGCUGUAAAUGGGCCCAUCGAAGCGCAAAGACGAGACGAACUUCCAGAAGAGGCGGUUGUCGACGUGAUCGUACGACCAGCUGCAGGGGUUGGAGGCACAAGGGAAAGGCAUCUAGAGUCAUUGAUUCAAUCUACGUUACGUCAAAUUAUCCUCGUCGACAAUUUUCCGAGGACUCUUAUCCAGAUCGUCCUACAAGUUAUUGCUACCCCAGAAAACGAAUAUGUAAACUCUAAGAUUGUUCAGCCUGGUUCAAACCUACCUAUACUACCCGCCCUCGUGCAAACAGCAGUGCUCUCUCUCCUCUCUGCUGCUUUACCGCUGACAACAACCUUGACCUCGACUUCCCUGGCCAUUAUCGCCGACGGCCAAUCGAAGAAGAUCGUCCCAAGCCCUUCACCACGUGAGAUUCAAGCUUCGGAAUCAUUCCACGUUCUUUCGUUCACCUCACACGAUGAGUUGAUACUUGUGGAGAGUGAAGGACACUUCACCAUGAAAGAAUGGGAUGAUGUUUAUACUGCUGCCCGACGUCAAUGUUGUCCUUCGCCCUCCACGAAUGAUGGUGAUACCGAUAUGGACGAUGCUAACGUAGCUGGUGUAAACUGGAAGCAAUUUACACGGUCUACCCUAGAAGCAAAGGUAGCUUCGGAUUUACAUUGGAAAUGAGCAACGCCGCAUCAAAGCUUGAAUCCCAUAUUGCACAUCAACGCGUGCUGCAAGUCGUACUGAGAGGAUACACUAUUGGCUAGACUCAUGUGGUAGAAUGCGCCAAGGUUCUGGUCUGGUUUCUGUGACAUUUUCUGACUUUACGAGGGAUAUGUCAGGCCACUUCUCUCCACGUGGUGUUUGAUGCUCCCGAACGGGACGCAUUGCU